AUGUCUAAUGAGACGCCCCAAUCCUCCUCCCCGGUGAAAGCUUCAUACUAUUUCCUGAAUUCGGGAAAAAAGUUUGAUACCGAAACCACUGACUCAACUGUCUUCACUCACCUUUUCUGGGCCUUUGCUCAAAUCGACCCUAGCAGCCACGAGGUCGAUAUCUCCACCAUGAACCUACCCCAAUUCUACAAGUUCACAGAAAUCGUCCACGUGAAAAACAAGCCAUUGCAAUUCCUCUUGUCGAUAGGCGGUAAAAACGCAGCAAAAACCGCGUUUGAUUCCAUGACAAGCAAACCCGAAAACCGGAAAGCUUUCAUUGAUUCUUCCAUCAGUGUCGCUAGAGAGUACGGUUUCAACGGGCUCGAUCUUGUAAAUCUUGCUUGGGAAUAUCCAAGCAAUACAGUGGAGAUGGCCAACUUCAAGAAACUUAUUGAAGAAUGGCGUGUGGCUGUUCAGAACGAUUCAGACGAUAGCGGUCGACUUCCUUUGCUGUUAACCGCUGCGGUUCACUACUCCCCCUAUUACAACUCCGUGCAGUACCCAGUUCAGGCCAUUGCCGAUAAUUUGGAUUUUGUUAACAUAAUGUCAUAUGACUUUUAUGGACCGGGUUGGUCCGACGUUACCGGACCACCUGCUGCUCUGUAUGAUCCUUCAAAUCCGGCAGGUAUUAGCGGUGACGCCGGGUUGCGCAAGUGGCUUGAGGCCAACCUUCCGGCUAAAAAGGCAGUCUUAGGGUUCUCAUACUGUGGUUGGGCCUGGAAACUCGAAGACCCCAAGGCUAGUGGCUAUGAUGCAGCCACCGAUGGAGCAGCUAUAACACCCGACGGUUCUGUGACCUACGAUGAGAUAAAGGACUAUAUUGUGACUAGCGGAGCAGCGACAUAUCAUGAUCCGGCGGUGGUCGGAUUCUAUUGCCACGCCGGAACCACGUGGAUCGGGUAUGAUGAUAAUCAGAGUAUUGUCUCCAAAGUGAAGUAUGCUAAGCAAAAUGGUCUGCACGGUUACUUCUCGUGGCAUCUUGCAGCUGACUAUAACGGCGGUCUCUCUCGUGCAGCAUCGCUUGCAUGGGACACUACAGACAUAACCACCGGAAAAUAG